AUUAAAAAAUCUUUGGCUCCAGGUGUAAGGAUCGUAUGGGUGAUGGGGCAUUCGUUUAUAUACUGGGCCAAUGCUGAGGCCAGUAAGAAAAUGGGCGGCCUUCAGCUUGGGUGUCCUGUUGAUCAAUGGGAGGUCAAAUGGUUUGGGAUUAGGGGCAUGUGCUGGGAACUCUUGUUUCCGUUGUUUCUAGACUAUGGCAGAAUGUUUCCUCGUCCUCAUGUUUUGAUAGUGCAUUUGGGGGGAAAUGAUUUAGGUAUGAUUCCUCAAAAAGAAUUAGUGAGAAGAAUCAAAAGGGAUCUGGGCAAUAUAAAGGAACUUUAUCCCGGAAUUAAAAUAAUCUGGUCACAGAUUACUCCUAGGCUGGUUUGGAGAUCAGCGAGGGAUUAUGAUAGGCUAGAAAAGAGCCGCAAGAAAAUUAACAAAAUAGUUAGCUCUUUUGUUAAGAGGUUGGGGGGAGGUGUAGUUUUCCACCCAGAUUUCGAAGUAGAUGGGGCUGAGGAAUUUUACUUAAAAGAUGGUGUUCAUUUUAACCAAUUUGGGCUGCAGCUAUUUCUUUUUGAUAUAAAAGAAGCGUUGGGAAAAAUAUUGGGUUUGGCGGGACUGGGCUGUUCGGUCAGUCCAGUCGGUGGCGGGGGUGCUAGUUCCCAGACAAAUAUGGUAUGCAAUAUGGCCAAGUGAUUUGGAGGAUUUUAAGUAGUUGCCUCUCCAUGGGGUGAGUGGACAACUGGUUUUAUAGGGGCAAGGGGUUCCCUAUUAAAGUUUAGGUGUCCUUGGACGGACUCAACAGGGAUAUAGUUGAGUCCAGUUGUUGAAUAACGGCCAUCUUGUUUUGUGGGUUUGGGAACUAGCACCGCUGUGGGUAAUUGACAGUUUUAUUUGACAGUAAUGUUAUUUAUGAACAUCAGGUAUGUUCUGUGAAAAAAUGUUUGAAAAUGUUUGAAAAUAUUUAUUACUCAAUAUUUAACUUGUGAUGUUAAUAAAAUGGCUGCGGCCAAAUUUUAUACCAAA